AUGCCUCUGAAGAAAUAUCUUAAGUCACCAUCAGAACACGUUUGUAUGCCCCGAUACACUAGAAAAGCCAACCUCCUUGAUUUGUCCCCGCUGUCUGCACUUUUAUGCAAGGGAAUUAUGGGGGAUCUUUCUACUGAGAUAUUUAAUGCAAUCAGGGACCAUCACACAUCGUUUGGCAGCAUUGUUGUUAAGCGUGUUCCGCUAUGUAUUCCACCCCACACCGAUACGCCAGAGCUCUAUGCUCUAGGGAUAUCGCGCUUCGCAGAAAUAUACUUUGCCUUUGAAUCAGCCUGGCUCUCACAGCUAUCUCAGGCUCCAUCUACUGGAAACUCCAGCAGCCCAGAUGAAUAUGAGAUCCUGGAUUCCUUCGUAAAUGAUGAGCACGGCCGCAUUAGAAGUAUAUUAAGCCGGCUUUACAUUCCCGAGUUACUACGAAGCGACAAACUCAAGUCAGACUUGCGCGCAUUGGGGUUGUCACCUGGAGCAGGGGACGCAGGACAGGACACCUCUAGUGACGACAAUGCAUCAAAAUAUAUUGUGCAGGGCAAUGCCGCAUCCGCGUUUGCAGCACAUAUCAAAGCAGCCACAGAGGAACACCCGCAUCUAAUCAUCAUCUACGCGUGGAUAAUGUACCUGGCGUUACUCAAUGGGGGACGUCGCAUCCGCACAAAGCUCGCCGCGGGUGGCCACGACUUCUGGAACUCCGGCACCCGUAAGAAUGAAGAUGGCAGCAGAGGCGGGAUCCCAAACGGCCUAUCGUUCUGGUUCUUCCACCGCGACGAUAAAGACCUGUACGAUGACGAAGGUAUCAAAAAGGAAUUUAAACGACGUCUUCUUUCUGCCUCGUCGCUCCUGACCAUCUCGGAGCGGGCGCAGAUCAUCGCUGAAGCGGUCAACAUCUUCCGACAUUGCAGUCGCAUCGUUGCUGAAAUUGAUGUCGAGGUUGAAAGGGCCGGGCUUGGUCAGAAGGGUGGCGAGAGCCAUCGGAAGACACGCGGUGGGAUCUUUCCUUCAAUCAAGAGUAAGCUGUCCCCCAUUGCAUCUGGGAUCCUACGAAGGCCAACGGAUUCAUCGACACAACCACGGUCCAGGAGUGGAAUUCGUUUUCGCCCCGUUCUGGUUGGAGUUGUAGGGUUGUUGGGAGGGCUAUGUGCGUGGUUGUGGUCAGCGAACGCAGACACGGCCCAGGGCAGGUAUACUUUUUGGAAGGGAGGGAGUGAACACGAGAGAUAG